UUUGAAUCGCCGCGCAAAAUAAUUAUCGUUAUCUUAUUGUGUGUCUCUUUAUCUAUCAAAUGGCAAAUACCAUCAUUGAACUACUCUAUAUGUUAUCGUCGUGAACUAAGAUAAUAUCUUAGUUGAUGAUUAUUAUCAUGAUCUUAGAAGAACCGUGGUUACCAUCAUGGCUUUAGCCUUAUCAUAAAGAGUUUUACCGAUUCCUGCCAAGGAUUUCUGAUAUCCAUAAAAUAUUGAUAAAUGUUUGUAUGUAUUAAUUGUCUGUAUUACUUUUUAUGUUCUACGCUGCCCUUUGGUAGUCUUUAAAUUACAAUCGUUGGUCUGAAACAAGGAUUAAGAUGAAUUUUAAUUAUAAUUAAUAUAUAAUUAAUAAUUUUCCUAUAAUGCUAAUACAAAAUUAUUUCAAUUUGUGUAGCUUUUAAUUUAACUAAUUCUUUUACUAUUUCAUUUUUAUUGUUAAUUUACCAAAAUCCAAUGUAUAAUACUUGAAUACAAUUUUUAAAUUAUUUAACUGAAUUAAUGCAUUUUAUAACAUCAUUAUUGCUGAUUAUUUAAUAUCCAUAAUCUAGUAAUAGGCUGUGACAGUAGGAAUAAUUAAUUAAUUAUAAGAAAAAUGGAAUCCAAUCGCGAAGAAGCUUACCGCUGCAUUGAGUUAACCAAAUUAUACAUAAAAAAGAAAAAUUUGGAUCAAGCUUUAAAAUUUUCAAUUAAAGCUAAUAAAUUAUACCCAACCACUGAAACAAAAUGUGAGUUAUACAUUAUUUUUUUUUAUUGAAUUAUUAUUUAUCACUACUACUUUUAUUGUAGUUUGCAGUUAAUAUAUAUUCUAGAUUUUACAUUUUGAACAAUUUUUAGGGAUGUUAGAUUUGUUAAUUCUUUUGAAAUGUACAUAAUUAAUUGGUUUGCAAUUUGGUAUAUAAUAAAAUAAUUGUAAAAUAAAAUUGUAAACAUAUUUAGUAGGUGUAUGCCUGUGUCCCAUUCACUGGAAUUCUCUGUUUUGCAUUUAUAUAUCUAAGCUAGUAUUGUAUACUAAAUUAAAUAAAAUUGGUAAUGACACAAACGUUUGUGUUUAAAUUGUACUAGUUACCUACAGACAUAAAUACAAAUAUUCUUUUAGCCACACUAUUUUCGUAGUAGGUUCAUUAAAUUUACUGAUUAUUUAAAUUGUUUAUAGAAUUAUGCACAUUCUUACAUUUUGUGUAAACACUAAUUAUAUCAAUUGACAUUAAUAAAUACAUUAUUAUAGGUUUAAUGAAGAAAUUAACUACUUCAUUGAAAGAAUCUAAACAACAAAAAGAAUCUGCAAAAAAAAAAUCAGGUAAUUCAAAAGAAAAACAUAAUUGUUAUUUAUCUCAUUUUAAAUGUCCUUUAUUUUAUAUGUGAAAAGAUGAUUCUGAUUCAUCUUAUAAUGGCGACAAUUCUAGUACUUCGUCUACUAACAGUUGUGACAGUCAAAAUAGAGAGCAGCCAAAAAAAAAAUCAAAGCGAAGUAGUAAAUCAAGUUAGUGCUACCUAUGAUUUAUAAUUAUAUUUAUAUGUUAAUUAUCUACUGACUACUAAUAUUGUCUCUCACAACAAUUAUCUAUAAUUUUAAUUAUUUUUUUUUAUAAUAUUUUAAUACAAUUAAAAUAAAUAAAUAAAUCAUUAAUAUGGUGGAAAAUAUAACUAUGUUAUGAUUGGCACAAUUAAUAAUGGAUGUAGUGUAAAAUUAUACAGAGUGUCUAAAAAGGCUCACCCAAUUUUUUGGUUAAAUUUUACAUGUAUUCAAAUUCUGAUUUUUGGAAUUUUUAAGUGUAGUUAAAGCUAAUAUUUACUAAUACUUAAAUUUUUCCCAAUUAUUUUGUUACCCAUUGGAAAAUCAAACAUGAUCUUGUCAAUGCACUAACUAUAUUAAAAAUGCAACAAGAAAGUAAUUUUUCAUUAGAACACAAUUUCAAGUAGACAAAAUGUUCAUAGACAUAAUACAAAACUCGUCUUAGAAAAACCAAUAAAUCCUAUACAAUUAGAAUGUUAAAUAAUAUAAUCAGUAAGUUUUAUGGUAAAGGUUUGCAAAUUUAAAACUUACAAAUAUUAAAGUUUUUAAUUGUUUAAUAUGAUAAAAAAUUUCCAAAGUGUAUGUAUUUAAUAUUUAUUAAAAUAACAUAGUAAAAAUUAAAUGAAUCUAUUUUAUUUCAAAGAAAUCAAAUUUAAAUUAUUCUAAAGAUUUUAGCAAAGGGUUUUAUAAAAAUAAGUUAUAUAUCUUUUGGUAUUUCUUAAAAUUCUAUUGUAAUUUUUUUGUUUUUGUGGAGUUGUUAAAUUUUUAUAUAAAAAUAAAUCAGUAUUCUGUAUUGGUAAAUUUUGUAAUGUAAUAAAUAAUACAACUUAUAUAAAGGUUUAUUUGUUUUUUUUUUUAUGGUAUUUCAGGUACUGCUUAUUCCUUUAAGAUGUUUAAAGAGAUCAAUAAAGAUGAAUCCCAAAAGUGUUUGGAAAAAGCUGAAAAAUAUUUACAGACAAAAGAAUAUGAAACAGCAGAAAAAUUUGUGCUUAAAUCAAAAAAGCUUUUUCCUCUCCCUGAAGCUGAUGGUAAAUAAAAUUUAAAAAGGCUGAAUCUAAAUAAUUAUUUAUGUUUGAAAAAAUAAAUAUAUCUUAAUUUUUUAGUACUUCUUAAGAAGAUACAAGAAAUAAAAGAAAUUAAUAAGCCUACAUAUACAGAAGAACAAGCAAAGUUUGUAAAAAAGUAAUUAUUUUUUAUUUUUUAAUAGUAACUGGAUAAUUUAUUUGAAUAGUAUUUAAUUUAUAAAUCUGUAUCUUAUGGUAACACUGUUUUCAUAGACAAUCAUUAUGGACUAGUUUUAUUGGCAUAUAUUGUGUAGAUAUUGUCCAAUUGUGAAUUUUAAUGAUAACUUCAUCUGAUCGUUUUAAUAAUAAAUAUAUAAUUUAUGAACCAAAAUAAUAUUUAUAAUAAUUGUAUUUGAUCUACUUAUUGUAUAAAUAUAAUUUUUGUUUUCAGGGUGAAAAAUAGUGAAAAUUACUAUAAAAUGUUAGAUAUUAAAACUACUGCUACAGUUCCUGAAAUAAAAAAAGCUUUUAAAAAAUUAGCUUUGUUAAUACACCCCGACAAAAAUUCUGCACCAGAAUCUGGAGAAGUUUUCAUUGGUAAAAUAUUUAUAUUUAUCCUUUUUAAUAUUAAAAUAAAAUGAUUACAUUUUUUUUUUUAUCAGUUGUUACUAAUGCUGUUGAAACAUUAUGUGAUCAUUCUAAACGUUUAAUUUAUGAUCGAACUUUAAGGACAAGAGCUCGAACUACUCCAUUGUUCAAUUUGCCUUACAGGAGGAGAAGUAAGUACUAUAUUGUGAUAACAUAUUUUUAUAAGAAGUCAUAGAACCUGCAUUUUAUAUCUACUAUCCUAUGGGUGAUUUAGCAAAAAUUUGUUUUAUACUUUUAAUUUAGUACUCAGGCUUUAUAUGCUUGAUUUUGGUGCCAAAGUAAAUAUGAAGAGUUGUAAUGUUUCUAGAAUAGUUUCUUUGAAAUCUAAAUGUGCUGAAUUUAUGAAACCUUUAAAAGUAGUAAAAUUGGGGAAUACAUUUGUAAUGCUCCAGAAUUCAAUUAUUCAAAAGGAAAAAUAUCAAUGGUUUCUAAAAUAUUUUCAGGAGUAUACAUUUUUUGUUAGUGUUUUACUUAAGAGGAUGCCAAACAUGCAUUUGUUGUUUCUGUCUUACAACACACAAUGCAGUAAAAAUAUGCUCACGCAGACAACACAAAACUCGCUUUAUUUUGGUUUUAGAGUAAAAGCACCAAAAGCACCUAUUAUAAAAUUAAUAGAGAACAAUAUUCUGAAGAGCAAGACUGCAUUUGUUUUAUUAAAAGUUUAGUGAAUUAAACAAUUAUUGAAAAGUUGCUAUUUAUUAAAUGUAACAUUUUAUUCUCUAAAAUAUUGUUCUCUUUUAAUUUUAUAAUAGAUGAUUUUACUCUAAAACCAAAAUUAAAAAAAUUUUGUGUAGUCUAUGUAAACAUGUUUUAAUAAUGUUCUGUGUGUGUAAGAUGGAAACAACAAAUGUAUGUGUAGCAUCCUCGUAUAACGGUAAUAAAUGGGAGACAAUUGUGUUCAAACCAAGUGUUAAUUUCAGACACUUAACUUCUUUUGGUAAUUCUUAGUAUUAUUUAUACUUACAAAAUAUGAUUAUUCCAAGGUAUAAUUUUGCUUUAUGACCAUUCUUGCAUUUUCUUUGGGGGUGUAAGUUACCAGGUUCCUGAAGCAGUCUUACUGCUUCUUCUUCAGUCUUAGGUAGAGACCAAAUGUUAACAAUAUAAAUAUUUAAAAAAAUAAAAAAUUAAUAACAAAAUAAAAUAAACAGCAAACACAACAAAUGUGAUCACUACUGUUACUGUUUCGCAGUCUACUUUUAUGAAAAGGUAAUAUAAAGGAAGUACCACAUUACAAAAAAGGAAUGAUAUAGGAGGUAAUAAUAGAUAAUUGUGAAUUGUGAUGCUAGAAGUAGUAAUGGCGAUAACAGAGGUAGUUUUGGGUGGAAUUCGCGAUAAUAGUCGUAGUCUCGUAUAACAGGAAAGUUAGUUUUAAUUAUAAUUUUUAUUAAUUUGAUUGUAUUAUGUUUUUUAGUGCGGCGAACUAAUAGAUCAUGGCAUUUGUAUAGAUAUGAUAAUAUGGAAAACUCUUAUACGUCCUACCAAAGCUCACCAAGUUCAUCUGACUCUAAUGAAUUCAGUGAUCAACAAGAAUAUUAUGAUAGCUAUGACUAUUAUAAUUCAUUCAGUACAUUUUAAUAACUAUUUGUAUUUAUUUUUUUUUUUUUAUACAUACUUUUGAUUCUGAACUAUCUUUUGUAAUUUAAUAUAUUGUAUUACAUAUUUAUGUAUCAGAAUAUCAUGAAUAUUGUUUUUUAGACAAUUUUCAACUUAAGAUUUCAUAUUGGUGUAUUUUUUAAGUUUAUGAUUCGUAUAUCAAACUUAAAUUUAAUAAUGUAGGUAGCUCUUAAUUUAUUUAAUUAUAUUGAUAUUUAAUUUUACAAUUAUUAACAAUAAGUAUUAGAACUGAACGAGUGCAUCUCAUUAUAUUUUUAUUAUUGAGUACAAAAGUUAAUAUAGUAUCAUUGACCCCACUCCCUUUAACACUGAUAAUGCCAGCAGUACACAUACGUCAAGAUUGUCUCGGUAAAAACUUUAAGCAAAUUGAUGUAGUCUAAUUGUAUGCUGUACACUCUUGGCUUGAAGCACAAUUUUGCACUCACAUUUUUUGUUCACUUUUGACGAACAUGGAUGCGGUUAAGGUAGCCAUGAGUGAGUUUUUUUUUAAGUCUAGUAUAGGUCACUCAUUGUGAUUUAAUCGAAUCCAUGUAUCAUUUAUUUAAAUUUAUUCUAAUGAUAUGCACUCAUAAGUUUCUAUGUAACUGGUUCGUUUUGAUAUAGCUCUAAAAAUGUUAAUAUCAAUUUGUUUGUCCAAUCACACAUGAUUAUUAAACAUUAAUUAAUAAUAUGUGUACUGCCGGCAUAACAUUAUGUAAUAUAUUAUGUUUAUCAAACAUAAAACAGUAAUGCAACAAAACUUAAGUACACCAUUCUGUACAAUUAUUAUUAUACAAAAUACCUAAUAUUGUAUUGGAUUUAGGAAAUAAUCACAUUGCAUGUUAUCAUACAUUUGUUGCCCUUGGCAUCUGUAAUAAAAUUAUUAUUUUUAAAUUUGUUACAAUUUUUGUGUAUUUUGAAUGCAUAUUCUACAUUUUUGAUAUUAUCUAAUAUUAACAUAUUUGUUUAACUUUAAACAUGUUGAUCAGUCCCGAUUAGUAGAAUAAAUCACACAAAUUGUAAUCCA